UAUGGGUCAAGCUUGGGGUCGAAUGCCCCAUGAAUCAGGGUCAGGGAAGUCACAAAGAAGUUUGAAAGAAGUGUAUGGUGUAGGUAAUGAGUAUUCUGGUGAAAAUUUUCAAGCGAUAGAAGUACCUGAUGACAUUCUUUGCGAAGUGUUAAAGUGGGUACCAGCUGAAGACAUAGUAAAGUCUUGUGUAUAUGUUUGUAAACAGUGGAGAGAUGUCAUUAACAUACAGAUGUUCUGGAAAGAAAAAUGUAUUCAUGAACUUGGAUACACAAUUGAAAUAUUCCACUUCCUAAUUGAUGAGGACUUUAAAAAGCUGUACUUUAAAAGACCAUACCAAAAUAACUUGAUAAAGAACCCAGAUGCUAGAGAUGGAUUCAGUCACUGGAAAAUCCAUGAAAAUGGUGGUAAUCGCUGGAAAAUAGAAAUACCUACCAGCUGCAAUCCUAUAGAAGACUAUACUCCAUGGAAAGAAACUGGCAAAAAGUACUUUUAAAAUGUGAAAGCAAUUGUGUUAAGAACAUAAAAGUAUGGUUUUUAUUAUAAAUAAGACUUUUUCAUCUUCUUAAUCAAGCGCGUAGGGUGUUAAUAAAAACUUUCAAAAUUUUCUAAAUAUCUUCAUUAAUUUUGAAUGUAUCAUCAAGAAGAUUAUGUGUGUAUGUUGUUUUACUGACAUCGGUCAGUCAGUCGGUCCGUAGACCAAUCGGUUUCCGGAUGAUAACUCAAGAAUGCUUGUGCCUAUGGUCAUGAAAGUUUAUAGGAAGGUUGGUCAUGACAAGCAGAUGACCCCCUAUUGAUUUUGAGAUCAGUAGGUCAGAGUUCAAGAUCAUAGUUACCCAGAACAGUUUCCGGACGAUAACUUGAGAACGCUUGGAUCUAGGAUCACGAAAUUUAAUAGGAAGGUUGAACAUAACCAGCAGAUGACUCCUAUUAGUUAAACGGUUUCUGGAUGAUAACUUGAGAACGCUUGGGCCUACGAUCACGAAACUUACUAGGAAGGUUGAUCAUGACCAGCAGCUGACUCCUAUUGAUUUUGAGAUCAGUAGGUCAAAGGUCAAGGUCACAGUGAUCCGGAACAGUUAAAUCAUUCUGGACGAUAACUUGAAUGAGAACGCUUGGGCAUAGGAUCACGAAACUUAAUAGGGACGUUGAUCAUGACCAGCAGAUGAGCCCUAAUGAUUUAGAGGUCAGUAGGUCAAAGGUCAAGGUCACAUUGACCCAGAACAGUAGAACUGUUUUUGCUAAAUAACUAGAGAAUGCUUUGGUCUAAGACCACAUUUGAUACAGAGGUCACUUAUGACUGGUAAAUGACCCAUAAUUAUUGAUAUGAGGUCAGUACGUCAAACGUCCAAUGCACACUGACCAAAUAAUUUCUAAUCCUUGUGCAGUUACCGAAUACAUUAAGGGGGGCAUUUCGUGUUUCAUUCUCCAAACAAUUACCAAAAGUUACACAUUUAAAAUUUUGACUUUACUUGUGAAUGAACUGUUAUACACACACAGGUUAUCUUACUGAGCAUAAAAGCAAUAUUUCCUUGUAAGAAAAGCAGAAUUUCUAAAAAAAAUUGUGUUCACCUUUACCCUGUUUACCCUGCUAAGUUUCUAAAAUGGAUUGG